GCUGCUCCGCGGCGGCGGGCGCCGGGCGCCAUCUUGGUCGGCGGCGCGGAUUGAAUGAGCCCGCCGCGCCGCGGCCGCCGUCCCGAGCCGCGCGGGCCCCGAGCCGCCGCCGCCGCCACCGCCGCCAUGGCCACGCCGCUGCCCGGCCGCGGGGGCGGACCCGCCACGCCGCUGUCGCCCACGCGCCUGUCGCGGCUGCAGGAGAAGGAGGAGCUGCGCGAGCUCAAUGACCGCCUGGCGCACUACAUCGACCGUGUCCGCGCACUCGAGCUCGAGAACGACCGGCUGCUGCUCAAGAUCUCCGAGAGGGAGGAGGUGACCACGCGCGAGGUGAGCGGCAUCAAGACGCUGUACGAGUCGGAGCUGGCGGACGCCCGCCGGGUGCUGGAUGAGACGGCGCGGGAGCGGGCGCGGCUGCAGAUCGAGCUGGGGAAGCUGAAGGCGGAGCUGGAGGAGGCCAACAAGGGCUCCAAGAAGAGGGAGGGUGAGCUGGCGGUGGCUCAGGGCCGCGUGAAGGAUCUGGAGUCCCUGUUCCACCGGAGUGAGGCAGAGCUGGCCGCCGCCCUCAGCGAAAAGCGUGGACUGGAGAGCGACGUGGCCGAGCUGCGGGCCCAGCUGGCUAAGGCGGAGGACGGUCACGCAGUGGCCAAAAAGCAGCUGGAGAAGGAGACGCUGACGCGUGUGGACCUGGAGAACCGCUGUCAGAGUCUGCAGGAGGAGCUCGACUUCCGCAAGAACGUCUUCGAGGAGGAGGUGCGGGAGACGCGGCGGCGGCACGAGCGCCGCCUGGUGGAGGUGGACAGCAGCCGGCAGCAGGAGUACGACUUCAAGAUGGCCCAGGCGCUGGACGAGCUGCGCAGCCAGCACGACGAGCAGGUGCGCCUGUACAAGCUGGAGCUGGAGCAGACCUACCAGGCCAAGCUCGACAGCGCCAAGCUGAGCUCCGACCAGAACGACAAGGCCGCCAGCGCCGCCCGGGAGGAGCUGCAGGAAGCGCGCGUGCGGCUCGAGUCUCUGAGCUACCAGCUGUCCGGCCUCCAGAAGCAGGCCAGUGCCGCAGAGGACCGGAUUCGCGAGCUCGAGGAGACCAUGGCUGGGGAGCGGGACAAGUUCCGCAAGAUGCUGGACGCCAAGGAGCAGGAGAUGACCGAGAUGCGGGACGUGAUGCAGCAGCAGCUGGCCGAGUACCAGGAGCUGCUCGACGUCAAGCUGGCCCUGGACAUGGAGAUCAGCGCCUACCGCAAGCUCCUGGAGGGCGAGGAGGAGAGGCUGAAGCUGACCCCCAGCCCAUCGUCGCGGAUCGCCGUGUCGCGGGCCACAUCAAGCAGCAGCAGCAGCAGUGUGUCCACGGCCGGGCGCUCGGGCCGCAGCAAGCGCAAGCGGCUGGAGGUGGAGGAGUCGCCGGGCUCGAGCGGCAUCGGCACCGGCACCGGCACGGGCAGCAGCAGCAGCACCACCAGCUUCCACCUGGCGCAGCAGACCUCGGCUUCGGGCGGCGUCAGCAUCGACGAGAUCGACCUGGAAGGCAGGUUCGUGCAGCUGAAGAACAGCUCGGACAAGGACCAGUCUCUGGGGAACUGGAGGAUCAAGAGGCAGAUCCUGGAAGGGGAGGAGAUUUCCUACAAGUUCACGCCCAAGUACGUGCUGCGCGCUGGCCAGACGGUCACGGUGUGGGCAGCUGGUGCGGGAGUGGCCCACAGCCCCCCCUCAACGCUUGUGUGGAAGAGCCAGGACAGCUGGGGCACGGGCGAGAGUUUCCGGACCGUCCUGGUCAACGCCGACGGGGAGGAGGUGGCCAUGAGAACUGUGAAGCAGUCCUCAGUGGUGCGGGAGACGGAGAACGGGGAGGAGGGAGAAGAGGAGGCCGCGGAGUUUGGCGAGGAGGAUCUUUUCCAUCAACAGGGGGACCCCAGGACCACCUCGAGAGGCUGCCGCGUGAUGUGAACGGAACACGCCUCAUCACUUGUCUUUACCCAGAGCCACUGAAAACUAUUUUUCUAUCAUUGGCUGUCUUUACUCCUUGAUACAUUUCUAGAGGAUUUCUAAGCGUACUGCCAGAACGCGGGCUAGGUGUCCGGGGUCUUUCCUGCGGGUGGGCUCCCUCGGACACUUCCUUCAUCGCCACUGGCCAGACAUUUUUUUGGUGCCCCAUUUCACCAUUUGGUUGAAUUCGAGGCCAAGGACGGAAUGGCUGACGGGGGUUGGGUGUGGAGGUUGGAAGGCCGGGGCUGGGCUCAGGGACUGCUGUCCCUCUGCCUCCCCCGCACAACCGGCUGCUGGGGGCCGCCCUGUGGGCCUCGAGUGCACGGAGAGCAGGGCUGCCGUGUCCAAUGAAGCUCUUUAAGAGCCCAGUCCAGAAGCCAGGUUCUGACCUUGGGGGACGGCAGGCGCAUCCCCUGUGGCAUUUCGGUGGCCUGGCUGCAGGUGUGGCAGGGGCCUGGGUGCGGGUUUUGGCUGCUCGGCCUGGGCUCUGGGGCUCUGGUGUACUUCCUGGUGUGAUGGAGAGCUGCCACAGGCCACACUGGGGCACUCAGCCGUGGGCCGCCUUUUCCCUUCCUGGCUGUCUGGUCCUUGGGUUUCUGGAGCUUUCUGUAGUCCAGUUCCUAAGCUUGCAGGACCUCGAGGCAGGAGAGAGAGCUGGAAACCCAGGGAACAGGGACAGCUCCGUUUGGAGACUUGUCACCAGGUAAUCAGCCAGGGGGCAGGUGGAAGGGGAAGUGGGAUCACCUGGGAAGCAAGUGUCCCCCGGGUCUCAAAGCCACUGUCCACAGGGCACAGCCACUUCCUGCCCUCCCUCAGUGAAGAGUGAGCCACUCGGCCACCCACAAGCUGUUCUCCCACUCUGUGCCUUGUGCAUGGGGCUGAGUCCUGACCCCCACCAUGUCCCGUAUGCUCUGUGUGUGUCUUGCUGUCUGUCCUAGCUUCUGUGGCGACCUUUUCGCUGAAAUGCUGUUUCUCAGAGGCCAGUGCUGGCUGAUUCCACAGGACGGCUCCACGAACCCCCACCCAGCUCCCGGCUGCCAUGCCGCCUUGGCGGUCCCUCACCGUGUGUACCCCUCCCACACAGAUACACAGAAGUUAUUUUUUUAAUGGAUAUUUAUUUUUUUACAUUGGUCAGUACUCAGAUUGCCGGAUCCCGCUUCAGGCCUCAUGCCAGCGUCCCUGGGACAGCCCCCCCCCCAGGGGCUGGAGUUGAGGGGGGCCAUCUUGGUGACCUCUGAGGCCCCAGACGGCAAAUUCCUUCAGAAAGCGCAGCUCAAGUCUUAAAGACGUCACACUGAGCCACGGAGGCAGCUGCCCCCAGAAGGCAGCCCGUUUACAAGCAGCCCGCAGCCGGCCCUUCCCAGCUCGCCCGACGCCGCCCUAGGUCCUCCGCACGCUUGCCUCCCGCCUCGGGCGGUCCGUCUCCCGUCCCUCGGAACCUGCUUGUGGUCGGAGGGUUGAGGCUUCUGCACCGAGAAUCUGCCCGCAACCCCUUGCUUGAGGUCUAGUUCUUUCCAUGGCUGCCCAGUACCCAGGCCCGAGGUCGGUUCUUCUCGUGGACAGAAACGGCUCACCACCAUUCCCUGCCUUUCUGGGGGGCCCUGGGGAGCUCGCCCCGCCCCACGCAGGACCUUUCCCAGGAGAGCCGCACGCUGUGCGUCCCCCACCCCCAUCCCGCCUCGCCCACUGCGGGCCUGGACUGCGGAGGCCGAGGCCUCGGGAGCGUGGGGCCGGGGUUAUCCAGACAGUGCGCCCUGGCCUCGGCCGCGUCCUGCGAUGUGUCUUGGGAGUGCGGAUCGGGAGCCAGCCGGUUCCCCGCCUUACGCCCGCCCCGUGGUGGGCCUGACGGGCCCAGGGGGUGGGGGGGUGCCGGUGAGCCGUGCGGGGUCCCGUGUGUCCGCGCCGGCCCGGGAAGCAGUUCGUAGUUGUCCGCAUUCUUAGGUUUAAGCCGCUUUAAAGGACCCGGGGACGGUUCCCUCGGCCAGGCCCCCCCGCUGCCCGGCCUCGGGCGCGCCCCGCGGGAGCACCAGCACGACCUGCGGGGGAUGGGCAGGGGGCCACCGGCGUCCGUGAAUUUGCAUGCCAAACGUGUGGUCUUUCCUUUCUCCCGUGUUUGUAAUACGCGUUUUACGACCGGACACUUUUGUACAACACGCCAAUAAACAUUUGGUUUUACUGCUG